AGUCACGGUUAAAUGUUUAUAUUGCCAUACAAAAGCAGUCCCUUCAUCUCAUUCCCCGUCAGAUUUCUAAGUUAACCUGUCGUCAACUUCCAAACCUUCAACAUGUCGGACGAAUUCUUGGGAACAUGGUCGGGAACAAAAACUUGUGGGGAAUCCAAGGGAUUCGACGAGUACUGCAAGGAGAUGAAAACUGAGAAUGAUGUCAUUGAAACAUUCCGCAAAGUCACCAUAGGGCUGAAGUAUUCACGAAAGGAUGACGGUCAGUUGGAAGUUUGUGUGCUAUCAGACGGACAAAACAUAAAGACAACAGCAUUUAAGUCGGGUGAAGAAUUUGAAUCACAAGGUUUCGACGAUAAAACAUACAAGAUCGUUACAACAGUAAAUGGUAAUAACUCGGAGGAAACCUCGAUUCCAGUGGAUGGAUUCCACAAAGGAACAAAGACUUUACGAACUAUUAAGGAUGGCAUCAUGCACGUGAAAUCGUUUUCAAUCGCCAAUCCAUCCGUUACCAUGGAGUACACCAUGACAAAGACGUAAACAAAACUGUGUUCGCGGUGACGUCAUAGUAGACAUCAACUGGAUAACUGGAAGUGAUAUACAUGGAAUAGAGACAAAAACUGUGGUUACUAAGCAUUACUCGUGUUAAGAUACCUGAACAUGAAGGAGAGAGUAUACCAGUUAUUUAAUCAAGCAGUCUCCCUCCCUGGGCAGGACUUUCGCCAAUAAAUUUUUCUAAAGGAUAUGCACUGAU